UUUGAUACAAUCUCUUCUUCAUCACCACUAUUCUGCAUCUUCUGUGUCUGUGAUUAAGGAUGCGGCAGCUCUUCUGCUUGUUGGGGUUCAUAAAUUUCUAAGGAAGAUAGAAAUGUUGGAUAACCAUAUACCACCUACUGUAAUGACGACCGAAGCAUUUGUCAAGCUUGGAGACGUUUUUGAAGUGUCUGGAUAUGCAAGCUUGCUUGAAAAAUACCUCGCUUUUUUGCACAGAACGCCUGCCAUAAUGUAUCUCUAUGGCAAACUUUACCUAAGAAAGGCAGAUUAUGUCAACGCAAAAGUUAACUUUGACAAGGCAGCAUCUGGAUAUGUUGGUAACUUGCCCGUGCCGCCGUAUACUGGCAGGCCACUAAUACGAUCUCAGGAUACAGUCUAUGCCGACAUCUCUGCAUUCUAUGUUCAUGUUGCUGAUCUGUUCGAUAAUCAUAAGCAAGAUUUGUAUGUCAUAAGAUAUUGCAAAUUAGCUUUGAAUGCCUUCAAUGAAAUGCAGAAAAGCACUCCGGAAGGUCAUGCACGUUCUGUACAGUUAUGGAAACGUAUGUUCAAUCGCGGAUUAUCUUCGAACGCCUUUGAACAAGCAUACUGGGCAGCAAAGUCAAAUCCGGACCAAAAAAUUCGAGAAGAGGGUCUUCGAUGCUUGAUCAUCGAUAUGAUUAAAAAACAAGAAGUGGAGAGCUUACAUCGAAUGGGGUUUGUUGGCGUACGUGAACGGAUAUUUGAAAAGACCUUGGAGAGCGCAAUAGAAGAUGCGUCAUUAGCUGGUUUGCAUGUUGCAAAAAUCGUACACGCAAGCUAUAUUCAAAGCGGUAAAUACAAGCAAGCAGCAAAAGUUAUGUAUGAGAACGCGCAGAGAAUUGGAAGGAAUAAUACAAAUUCCACAAACUUUUUUGAGAUGGCAACAGAACAAGCACAAAGUUACCUUGCUGCUAUUAAUUCUCUCGAGUUGCUUACUGACAGAAAUGCAUGGUUCCAAAUUAAUUCGGACCGAGUAGUCGAAGUUUCGAACCCCAAACGGCGGAAAAUUGAUGUCUCUUUGCCAAUGGAAAUCGAUCCAUCUAGUGCUCGAACGGAUUUGGUUGUUAUUGAGGAAAUCAGGCGGGAAUAUGAGCUCAUAAUGGCCAAGCUGAAGCUAGGAAAACGUAUAGGAGCUGCUGCUGGACCCAUGAACGUUAAACAGGUCAUUGCAACGUGUACAGAAUAUCAGGAAUAUGAAACAGCAGCAACCAUUGCCAAGGCAUUUAAUCAGGACAUGACUGACAUAUUCCGAAGUAUAACAUACAAAUGUAUGUUAAUAUCAGAAUUUGGGACACCUCAAAAAGAUAGGAGUUACGAUUGGAUAUAUUCUAAUCAAUGGGCAAGUCUCCUUGACGGUACAGAAGUGACACGUGCAUGGGGAUUUUUACAAUAUUUCAUAGACGAAUAUGACAGAAUAGAUCAAACGGAAGGACGAUACAGAAAUGCCGUCUUGGAAGUCAUAUUAACGUCGAAGCAAAACACAAAGAUUCCUCCAUGGUUAUCAAAUUUCUAUAAGAAAUAUAACCCGAAGGAUUAUGUACGAUUAUUAUUGGAGCAUGGUUAUUUAUUGGAGGCAGCAUCAUUUAUGAUUGAAUAUUUUGCAAUGGCUGAAGACUAUCCAACUUCAACUCCUUGGAUGCCAUAUACGACGAUAGACAUGAUUUUGGGUGCGGCUAAAGAGUAUAUUGAAGAGAAUGGUCGUUCAAACGAGGAACGAGACCUAAUAAGAAAUCUAAUAGAAAAUCUCCAGAACCAGCUUAAUCGUUAUUUACCAAAUCAAGAGCAAUAA